CUAGUAGUUUAUCUGUAUAUAAUACACAUCAAUGACCAUUCAUGAAUUUUACAUUAAAUUUUAACAAAACGAAUCGUCAAAUACAAAAAAUACUUCCUAGUAAUACAGAAGAGCCCAUUUAAUGUUGACAUCACGUGUUACUCCCCCACUAACGUUCUAACUUAGGGCGACCUUAGAACGAAUAUUGUUGAUAAGUUAGUGUAAAAAAAUCGCCAAAUCGAAAUGUCCUCGUUAGAAGACGUUUAGUAUACAAAUGUGAUUUGUCGGUUCGGUAAAAUGAGGGGUAGUACCGCGGGGUUACCCGGUACAGUCAUUAACGGGUACAACACUUCGUACUACAACAUAUUAACUAUUUUGGAUUUGUCGUUCUCUUUAUUCGUUAUAUGCCCUUGCGUGGUUGGCUACUGGAGGGGUGUGUGGUUAUUAAUGGACAUUUACUUAGUCGAUUUCUCCCCCUCACAAAGUGGACUAAUUUCUGUUAUAAUAGGACUGAUAGGACACGGUGUUUUUACUUGUUUUCAAAAAUUUUUCGAAGAAAAACUACAUCCGGAUAAAAACAGGGUGUUAUAUUACGUACUGUCCAGAUUGUAUACUCUAUGUUUUGGAUUUACUUGUGUUAACGGCUGGAGGGGUCCGUGGGAGCUUCUGGAUAUUCCCUAUAAAACGGAUGUAAUGUCGAUAUGUGCUACUACCGGUGUGGGAAUUGUGGCCCUUUUAUCGAUGAGGGGGUUGAGAAACGUUAUUGCUCCACCAUUCGUUAUUGUUUGUGAUGAUGUUCAAGGAUAUUUUGAAGUUGCCACUAUGUUUAGAACGAUGGGAGAGAGAACCUCAUUGUAUAUAUUAGACUGUCUAUUUUCCAUUGUGAUAGUGGGAACUUUAGUUGUAUUUGUAUGGAGAGGAGUUUGGUUACUGGUAGACGUAUUUCUUUUUCCAGAUGAUUACCUAUUUUCAAACUGGAGCAGUUUGGUGCUGGGAUACUUUUCAGUUGGGAUAGCAUUUUUAUUACAACCAGCUAUGAAAUAUUUAUGUGAAAGAUUAACUGGUGUUUCAAGAUUACUAGUGGCAGAUAUAUUCAUUUUAUUCGCUUUAUUCGGUACUGUUAAUGUUUGGCGAGGAAUUUGGAACCUUCUUAAUAUAUAUUUUUUACCAGAUAAUUUAGAGCUGAGUGGUUGGAUAACCCAUUGGGUUAGUCUGAUCGUACUGUUUCUCUGUCGUUGUUCCAAUUCCUUAUUGGUUCGUGGAGUUUACAUAGAUGCCGAAGAACCUGGCGGUGAAUGCGCAGUUUUUCCAUGUUACUAUUUAAGAAUCAUUUUCAUGAAAAAGAAACUGAAGAAAAUGAACCUAAACGCGUAUAAUUUAAAUGACACUAUAAAAGUUAAUCAAAAAGAAGUAGAUAUGCAACACAACAAUCACGUAGUGAAUAUUAACACUAUUAGUAGUAGUAUUCAGGAUAGCAAAGAUUCGAAACCGACGAUUUGAACGUCAAAAGGAGUAUAACCAAAAAUAUUGUGAAAUGUAACGAUUAGUUAUAAGUAUUAUAGCUAUAAUUUGAUUUUAAUAACUAGGACUAUUGUAAAUAGAUAGAAUAUUAUUUAAUAGUGGAUAAAUAAUUUAUUUCUACAUAUUUAAAGCAUAGAUUCGUCUACAUAUUGUGAUAGUAUUGCAAAUCUUUUUACUCGUUAGAAAUAUACUGUAAUAGGUUUAAACCGUUUCGUUCUAACGCAGAUUAUCAUUAUACAAAUUUUCGUAUACAUUCAAAUAAAUAAUUUAUAUACAGGGUGUUUCUGAAUUCGUGCGACAAAAUUCAGGUGAUUGCUCGUAUGAAAUCGAGAUGAGUCUUUCCUAUAACCUUUCCUCAGCCCACCCCUUUCUGAUUUAUCACCCUAAAAUUGAGUUUUUAUUUUCCAUGAUUUGGCUAGAGGUGGUAAGAACAUUAUAAAUGAUGGUGUUUGUUUUUUUCUCCGCAGCUAUUAGUUUUAAAACAAAUUAAGAAUAAAAGAUAUUUUAAAAAAAAAAACAAGAAUUUUAAGUUAUAAUUUUAUUUCAUAAAACUUGAAAAAGUCUUGGUGUGAAAUAAAUUAAGGGUUGGGUAAUUUUAUACUUUCGCGACCCCCAUCGUUUUUUGGCACUAGGAAAUCGAAAAAUCAUCCGAUUUUUUUUAAAAUGUUCGUUAUAAAAACUUUUACUGGUUUCAGGGUUUUAAAUGUUCAUGAAAAUGCACUAAUUCACGUAUAAUUGUUGAUAACUUUUUUCCAAAUAACAAAAUGAAGUUCUUAUAUUUUUUUAUAAUAUUAUAUAUUUGUGUUAUAUUAUAUUAUAUUUUAUUAAAAAUAAUAACAAUUUCUCUUAAUAUUGACCUUUUCUCACAUAUAAUCGUUUGGACCUUUUUUAUUAAUUAAUCAUUUAAGUUAUAAGAACAAAACAUUCUUAA